AUAUAAAAGAAUCAUUAAUUUUACACAUUUUAUCAGUAUCCUUAUAAAGCUAAAAUGUGAGGUCAUUGUUUUAUGGCAGGAGUCUUUUAUUUUGAAAUAGCACUUGGCGGUGUGUUUACGAACCCCACAGGCGCAGCGGUUAUUUACUCUGCGUAAAAAACAUCAAUGAAAACUAAUUAUUUGUAGCUUUUUCUGAUUGACGUUUAUGUGGCUGAAAUUAAGCGAUGUCUGAUACGUGGAGUCACAUCCAGGCGCACAAAAAGCAGCUGGACUCUUUGCGAGAGAGGCUGCAGAGGAGAAGAAAAGACACCAAUCAACUGGGCAUUGAAAUUGGAGGUGCUGAGGGAACGUCCGCAAGGAGUGAUAGCCCUGGACCAGCCGUCCAGAGUCAACCACAGGUGCAAGUUGAACAGCCUCCAGAUCCAGAACUAGAGAGAAGGCUGCUGGGAUACCUGUCCGAACUGAGCCUUUCUCUGCCCAUUGAUUCCCUCGCAAUUACUAACCAGCUAAACACGUCCGAUUCUCCAGUUUCCCACCCCAGCAUCCAGAGUCUCCUACUCAAAUUUUCUGCUCAAGAGCUCAUUGAAGUUCGCCAGCCAUCCAUCACUGCCCCCUCAUCCUCAUCCUUCACCCUCGUCACUUCUGUCGAUCACACCAAACUAUGGGCUAUGAUUGGAAGUGCAGCACAGCCACAGAGAGCUGGCAUAAAAAGGAAAGGAGAUGACAUCAUUCAUCAAAAAAGACCUCGGGGUUCGUCUCCUUUGCUCCAAGCCCCGUCUUCCCCACCCAAGAAAUCUUCUGUCUCGCUGGCUCCGGCCUCAAACUUGCAGCAUACUGGGUCAUCUGGAGGAGGAGGGGGCGGGUCUGAGAAAAAGGGGCGGAACAGUAAGGGACCAGCGUCUCACCUGGACAUGGAGAUUGAGAGUCUGCUGAGUCAGCAGUCCACUAAGGAACAGCAGAGUAAAAAGGUGAGCCAAGAGAUCUUGGAGCUUUUGAACACGAGUUCAGCAAAGGAGCAGUCCAUUGUGGAGAAGUUUCGGUCACGAGGCAGAGCUCAAGUGCAGGAGUUCUGUGAUCAUGGGACUAAAGAAGAGUGUGUGCUGUCGGGGGACACACCUCAACCCUGCACAAAGCUGCACUUCAGGCGAAUUAUCAACAAACACACAGACGAAAGCCUUGGUGACUGCUCCUUUCUCAACACUUGUUUCCACAUGGACACUUGUAAAUAUGUGCAUUAUGAGAUUGACAGCCCUCCGGAGGCAGAGGGUGACACACUGGGGCCACAGGCCGGGGGCACUGAGCUUGGGCUUCACUCCACUGUUGGAGACAGCAAUGUGGGCAAGCUGUUUCCUUCACAGUGGAUUUGCUGUGAUAUCCGUUAUCUGGAUGUGUCCAUCUUGGGGAAGUUUGCCGUGGUGAUGGCCGACCCACCGUGGGACAUCCACAUGGAGCUUCCAUAUGGAACGCUCACAGAUGACGAGAUGAGGAAACUCAACAUUCCUAUUCUGCAGGAUGACGGUUUCCUCUUCCUCUGGGUGACAGGAAGAGCCAUGGAACUGGGCAGAGAGUGUCUAAGCUUAUGGGGCUAUGAACGAGUAGAUGAGAUCAUCUGGGUGAAGACCAACCAGCUUCAGAGAAUCAUUCGCACUGGAAGGACAGGCCACUGGCUGAAUCAUGGCAAGGAGCAUUGCUUGGUGGGAGUAAAGGGAAACCCUCAAGGGUUUAACAGAGGCCUUGAUUGUGAUGUCAUAGUGGCAGAGGUCCGCUCCACUAGUCAUAAACCAGAUGAAAUAUAUGGAAUGAUUGAACGUUUGUCACCCGGCACACGAAAGAUUGAGUUGUUUGGCAGACCACACAAUGUGCAGCCUAAUUGGGUAACUCUUGGUAAUCAGCUGGACGGUAUUCAUCUUCUGGACCCUGAAGUUGUUUCACGUUUUAAGAAGCGCUACCCUGAUGGAGUCAUCUCCAAACCUAAAAACAUGUGAUGACUGAACUGAUAUGAAGAUCAGAUGUACAGCUUAUUGGUCGGGACGUGCCAUGGGUCUCAAUAUUCUCAAUAUGAGAUAUGUUUUCAAAUGAUACUGUACCACACUUUUGUACCACUUUACUUUUUUAAAUAAAACAAUGACCCAUGUUUUCA